AUGGCAUCCGGUACACCGCAUUCUGCAUCGCAGCAGCAACAUCAACAGCAACAGCAACGAGCGGGUCCGUCGUAUCAUCCUCCGCCCCUGGUGCCUCCGCCGGUGCAGGCAGCCUCUCCGCCCAACAAGCGGGAUUUGAAGUCUUGGUGGAAAGGAUUCAAGCUGGCUUCGAAGAAUCAAGAAACCCACGACCAUCGGCCCCAGGGUAUCUUUGGUGUCCCACUUCGCCAGAGCAUCACGUACGCCAACGUAGCCAUCUCUCUCGUCGACGAGCAAGGGGAGAGCUACAUAUACGGAUACGUGCCGAUUGUCGUUGCAAAAUGUGGUGUCUAUUUGAAGGAGAAGGCGACCGAGGUUGAGGGCAUAUUCCGCCUCAGCGGGUCGGAGAAGAGGAUCAAGGAGCUAAAGACCGUUUUCGACUCGCCAGACAGGUACGGGAAGGGGCUGGUGUGGGAUGGGUACACGGUUCACGAUGCCGCCAACGUCCUCCGUCGCUACUUAAACGAUCUCCCCGAGCCGGUUGUGCCGCUGGAUCUGUACGAAAAAUUUCGGGAACCGUUGAGAGGGGCCACCAAGCAGGGUGCCGCCGAUGUUGACGGACCCCAGUUUGUCGAGAACUUCGACAUGAAUGCCGCCAUCGCAACCUACCAACAUCUCAUCACUGAGCUGCCCCCCCUGAACCGUCAGCUGCUGCUAUACAUCCUGGACCUUCUUGCCGUGUUUGCUGCAAAGUCGGACCAGAACCGGAUGAACUCGCAGAAUCUGGCGGCCAUCUUCCAGCCCGGCAUGCUUUCCCAUCCCGCCCACGCCAUGGCACCCGACGAGUACCGGUUGAACCAAUGCGUCAUUAUUUUCCUUAUUGAGAACCAAGACCAUUUCCUCAUUGGAAUGCAAGGCACAGCCGCAGAUGAGAAGACAGUUCAGGAGGUGCAAAAGGGAACACCCGUCAUAAACAGCCCCACUACACCAGGUCCAAACCGGAAAUCAGGGGUGUCGCGGUCUCCGUCAACCGCUAGUGCCGGCGCGGAAAACGUCGCGAAAGAUGGCCAGAUUAGAAGAAAUAAAUCGACAUCCUCGAGGCGAUCGCAUCAGUCAAAUAGUGCUCCCAGCCCACUAAGCCCAGGGAGCCCCGCGAUAGCCACAACCCCUACCAGUGGACUGGCUCGGUCUAAUACCCUGCCCUCGAAGAAGUCUCCAGCGUUACAGUCUGGGAGGUUUGCAUCAAGGAAUGGCCCUUCGGCAGUCUCGGCGUUGACACCCGUGGCUCCACCAACAACACAGGUUGUGCCUCCUCCAGCCCUUGCUGAGGAGGUCUCCACCACGCUGGAGGAUUUAUUCGUAUCAGUACCGAACUCAACGGCAACCUCCAGUCUGGCGCCCGGCCAGUCCGCCGUGGGAGCCAAGAGCCAGGAAAGACUGUUAGACCCGAAUCCAGAGGCCACGACGCCGUCUCGUGAACGGAGGUUGCCAGGUUUGUUCCAGAGGGUCCCCACUGGAGAGAGUGAUGGUCGACAGCCCAACAAGUUGAGAAAGAAGAAGAUGCCGGGCAGCGCCAACCCGAGCGCGCACAGCUCCUCGGCGUCCUUACCACAUUCAUUAGCGGUAUCCCCAAAUACAGAACUAAUCAAUCCUCUUGACACAAUACCAUCUGCGCCCCGCAGUACAAAUAUAGAAAGCUUUUCUAUGGCACAGACGAUCGAGACACCGUCCGAGGCAACCCCACGGGCAUCUCAAAUUCCGUCCAGCAACACACUUCAUCCUAGCAGCGCCGAAUCGACCCUGAGACCAAACAAGUCCCCGCCAACAUCCAUACACGGCUCCUUCAACGAGGGUUCUGACCUUGACCAAGUUGACGAGCCGAUAGGUGGCCAGGCAGACGCAAGUCCAGAUGCGACAUCAGACAAGGAGAAGAAAAAAAGAUGGCGGCUUUCUCGAAAGAAAGACGAUGUCCCGCCGCCCCAGUACCCCCCGCUUGCGUCCCCGCGGCUGUUUCUCGGAGCGAAUUCGAAUGCCGAUAUCAGCACCAGUUCAGUUGGUAGUUAUAAAGCUCGACAUAGCAUGUCUGGCGAGCCGCCUGAUCUGGCGGCGGUCAAUGCUGAGGCGCCUGUAGUCGAGGCAAGCAACAAGGAAAGCCGAGAGGACGCCAAGGGCCUAACUGGGUGGUUCAAGACCAAGUACCGCGAACGCAAGGAGAAUGUCGAGCAACGAAGAAACAAAUCACCACCUGCAGAUCGGACUGUAUCAAUGGGCAGCAGCUUCCUGUCGUCGACGCGCGGGAAAAGCCUGGAUAUCAAGCGUGGCCUCGCCGAGGAGAAGCAUCCGCAAGAACCAGGUGCGCCGCAAUAA